UGGGGGCGGUGGGCGGCUGGCGGGGGGGCGACACCGGUGGGAGGAAGAGGAGGAGGAGGAGGAGGGGGGGCGGCGGCGGCGGGCGGUGAUGCCGCGGCUCCCGGUGAAGAAGAUCCGCAAGCAGCUGAAGCUGCUGCUGCUGCUGGCGCUGCUCACCUUCGCCGUCUGGUUCACCUACCUCCACAUCAGCCUGGUGCGCCAGGGGCGCGCCCUCCGCAUCCCCUUCGCCUACGGCAGAGAUGGUGAGCGGCUGGCGGAGGUGACGGACCCUGGCAGGCGGCCGGCAUCAGCCCAGGCAUUGGCACGGCGGGGGAAGGCCGAGGACUCCAGCGAGAGCCGUGAGGAGGAGCAGGACGGACAGGAUUUGGAUGGCUGGCUUUCCAGGGGCUCGUGGUCCGACCGAGCUGCCAGGCACCCCAAACUCAACCUGACCAAGCAGGCUUUGCCCUGGGAUGAACAGUACAAAGGGAAGGCAAACCUGCACGUCUUCGAAGACUGGUGCGGAGGAGCCGUGAGGCACCUGAGGAAGAACCUCCAUUUUCCGCUCUUUCCCCAUACCCGCACCACAGUGAAGAAGCUGGCCGUGUCGCCCAAGUGGAAGAACUACGGGCUGAGGAUUUUUGGCUACAUCCACCCCUUCAAGGAUGGGGAUUUCCAGUUUUCCGUGGCAUCAGAUGACAACUCGGAGUUCUGGCUCAGCUCUGACGAGAGCCCGUCCAACUCCCGGCUGGCUGCGUUUGUGGGCAAGCUGGGCACCGAGUGGACGGCCCCGGGGGAGUUCACCAAGUUCAGCUCGCAGGUCUCCAAGCCUCUGCGCCUCAUGUCGUCCAGGCGCUACUACUUCGAGCUGCUCCAUAAGCAAGACGACCGAGGUUCGGACCACGUGGAGGUUGGGUGGCGAGUUUUCCUUCCCAGCUUGAAGUUCGAGGUGAUCGACUCCUCCUACAUCUCUCUGUACACAGAUGAGUCGUCCCUGAAGAUGAACCACGUGGAGCACAUCCCACAGUCCCUGGCCAGCCACAGCGGGAGCUACCUCUGGGAGGCGCAGCAGGACGAGCAUGGGGCUGACAUGCUGAAGCCCGACCCGAGGGACACCUUCUUCCUCACCCCUGCGAUAGAGCCAUCCCGAGUGGAGAACGUGCUGGUGCCCUGUGCCUACAGCCCCACCUACGUGGUGAAGGACUUCCCCAUCGCCCGCUACCAGGGCCUGCAAUUCGUCUACCUCUCGUUCGUGUACCCCAACGACUUUACACGCCUCACUCACAUGGAGACCGAGAACAAGUGCUUCUAUCGGGAGUCCCCGCUCUACCUGGAGAAGUUUGGUUUUUAUAAGUACAUGAAGAUGGAUGAGGAAGAGGAGGACCCACGCCAGCGAGCGUUUCUCUUCCUCAGCCCAGACAAUUUUCUUGAGGACGAUGAGGAGGAGCAGGAUGGAGCAGACAGCCCUGAGCCUACCGACCCACCUCCUGAAGCCAAGAAAAACCUCGAGCCGGUAACCAGAGCCAAAAAGAAGGAGAUCCUGCCGAUCACCAAGGAUUAUGGGGACGAGCUGGAGUACUACAGCUUUCGCCACAAGCGGGACCAGGUGCAGGAGGAGGCAGGCAUGGGAAGGUGGAGCAUGCCCCUGGCUACCCCCAGCCCUGCAGCCACCCCCGAGGGUCCCCAUGGCUAUGGGGCUACAGGACCCAUGCAGGAGCGAGUCAACGGGAGGAUGCUCCAGUGGCUACCCCAGGAGCCCAGCAAGGGCAAGGAAGAUGAGCUAGGGCUGCUGGCAUCCUCCAAGCAUGCUGGGGCCCUGAGCCUCCAACCCCACUUCUCUGUUCCUAUCUUUGGUGGAAGAGCCAAAACACCAGGUCCCAACAAGCCCAUGGUGUCCAAGAAGGACAAAAAACCCCGGAAAACCCAGGAGAAGGUGUACGUGACCAGGCUGCAGAUGGGCAAGCGCAAAACCCCUGCCCAGGAGCCUGUCUUCCCCGGCAUCUUCCUUUACCCAAAGCCUCUGAAGAAAGUGCACCUUCACUCCAGGACCCCUCAGAGACAUCCCAUCACCUCCGGCAAGCUCCGAGCCGUCCCCGGUCACCGGACCCCUUGGCUCUUGAGCAACAUCUCCAAAGAAAGAGAUGCGGCCAGGAGGAAGAGCACGUGGAUGGGAAGCAGGAGGUGGGAGCGGGUGAACAAAUGGGAAGAACUGGGGGCCGAGGGGAUCUUCAGCCGGGAGACCCGCGAGGACACGACUGCUGCCCCGGGCAGGGUGGCUGCCACCACCGAUUACAACUCCUCCGAGGUGGGGACGAGGGUGACAUCCUUUCUGAAGAUGUCGGAGCUGACGGCGUCCCAGCAGGAGGGAAAGGGCCAGGAGGAGGAGGAAGAGGAGGAGGUCUCGGACUACAGCUACGAGACGGCAGAGCUGCCGCAGAGCUGGCUGGAGGACUCCAUCAACUGGCAGAGGACGUUCAGCGUCAGCUCGGUGGACUUCGAGCUCCUGCGCUCCGACUGGAACGACCUGCGCUGCAAUGUCUCGGGCAACCUGCAGCUGAGCGAGAGCGAGGUGGUCGACGUGGUGGCCCAGUACAUGGAGAAGCUCAAUGAGAAGAACGGCGGCAUCUACACCCUUCUGAGGAUCGUCAACGUGGAGAAGCGCCGGGACACAGCCCGAGGGAACCGCUACCUGCUGGAGCUGGAGCUGGCGGAGCGGGGCCAGCGCACGGUGCGGCUCUCUGAGUACGUCUAUGUCCUCCUGCACCAUGGCAAGCAGGAUGACAGUGCCGAGACCAACCCUGAGGGGCCAGCCCUGGGGGUCACCGAGCCCCAGCCCAGCACCUGGAGCAUCUUGUAUGGCAAACCCAUCCUGUGCCAGCCUCUGCAGCUCAGCUGGAAGCAGGACAUCAUGGUGCACUUCGUGGUACCUGUGAAGAACCAAGCGCGCUGGGUCCAGCAGUUCAUCUCGGACAUGGCCGGUCUGUACGAGGCUACGAAGGACGCCAACUUCAACGUCAUCCUGGUGGACUUUGACAGUGAUGACAUGGACGUUGAGAAAGCCCUGCAGGAUGCCAAGCUGCCCCGCUACCAGUACCUGCGGCGCAUGGGCAACUUCGAGCGCUCGGCCGGGCUGCAGGCUGGUGUGGACAUGGUUGAGGACGGGCACAGCAUCGUGUUCCUGUGUGACCUGCACAUCCACUUCCCUGCCAACAUCCUGGACAGCAUCCGGAAGCACUGCGUGGAGGGGAAGCUGGCCUACGCGCCCAUCGUCAUGAGGCUGAGCUGCGGCAGCUCCCCACGGGAGCCCAACGGUUACUGGGAGGUGAAUGGCUUUGGCCUCUUCGGCAUCUACAAGUCAGACUUUGACCGCGUCGGAGGGAUGAACACGGAGGAGUUCAGGGACCGUUGGGGCGGGGAGGACUGGGAGCUCCUGGACAGGGUCCUUCAGAGCGGGCUGGAGGUGGAGCGCCUACGUCUCAGGAACUUUUACCACUACUACCACUCCAAGCGCGGCAUGUGGAACACCCGCAGCAAGAAGCCGCCCAAGGACUAGCGCCCCGAGCCCGUCCUGCAGCUGCCAGGCCCCACCAGAGGUCGGCCACCGCUGCCACCUGGCCGUCCCCAAACCCUGCCCAUAGCCACCAGUGCUGGCACGGAGGGCGCUCGCUGCCACCAGGAUCUCUAAACGAACCGCAGUUACUUUGGGGGGGUGAUAUGGGGAAGGGGGGGGUGGGCGAAAGCGGGCUCGUGGUUUUUUUCUUAAGGGUCUAAUUUCUUAGUCAGAAAUGAAUUUAUUAACUCAUUAGCGCUGGGGCAACGGGCAUCCUGCUGUCAGGAGGGGCGAAGCCUCUGGGCUGAGCCCUGGGGCUGUGCUGCGCCAGCGAUGCUGGAGGUGGGAAAGAGGUACCCAAAAACAUGGUACCCAAAAAAAAGGUACCCAAAAAAGGGUACC